AAAAAUAAUAAUUUACCGAAAAAAAUCAACCCAAUAAUUUUUAUUAUUCUAAACAAAAUAUAAGGUAUAUAUACCGAACAUAUGUAUAAUUUAUUUUAGUUCCACUUGAUCGGUCAUACCGCGUUGAACACUCGUCAAUAGCUCAUCGUGUUUGUUCUCAAGCUUUACCUGUAUUUGCAUUGUUAUUCAACACUUUGAAUUUUAAAACGAGUGCAAUAUUUAAAUAAAUUUAUAAACUGAAAGAUUUAAGCACGAAAAGUUUGAUAAAAAUAUUUUUUUUUUUUAUAAAAUGCCAAUACAAGAAUUUUAUUUUGUUAUUAAACAAUGUAGAGAAUAACAAACAAACCAGUUCGUUUUAUUUUUGUAAUCGUGGACUUGGUAGAAAAAAUAAGUAAGCGAUAAAUGUAGUUAAAAUUAGAUAAAAAAAUAUGAGUGUUAAACUAAUAUUAUAACUACAUACAAUAUAUAAAUAAAAAUAAAAGGAAAGAUUCAAUUGCAUUCUUAAAAACUGACUCAAAAUGUUACUGUUGAUUGUGUUAUUAUUAUAUGCGAUAAAUAGUUAAUUAUGAAUUGCCGUAAAAACGUUUUUAAUAUUAAAAUAUGUAUUUUAUUAUUUGGUUUUUAUUUAUUGGACGGAUUUAUGGAGAAAUUUUCAACCCGAUUAAAAUUGCUGAUUGUAUUAAUAAUUGUAACAACAGUUUUUGUCAAAAUGAUUGCUAUGGAAAUUUUUAUCCUCAAGGACUUAAAAUUAUUUUUGCAAGCGCUGAUUUUAAUGCAACUUUACAUUGCAAGGACAUUAAUCUUCUGAGUAUUUCACACAAUCCGGGAUUAUUUUUUAUCGAGCAGAGUGCUGCUAAUGGAACUUGGAAUAAUGCACGCGUUAUCAAUGAAAAAAUUUCAUUAUUCGAUAAUUUACUGCCUGGGUCCAAGCAUCGGUACCGCGCACGUCGAAUCACUGAAGAUGGAAUUUCGGAACCGGAAAUAACCGAUUGGUUUACUACAACUGAGUUAAACACUGAACCUGAGCAAGUGAAAGAAAUUUCAGUAAAUACUACGAUACUUGAAAAAAAUUCAACGCAUUUACGAGCAGAUAUUACUUUAAUACCUGGAGAAGAUUUGAGUUGUUUCUAUGACGUUCUGUCGUUAACACGCACUGGAGGUUUAUCUAUUGGAAGUUUUAACGCAACCAAAGGCUUUAAAUUUUAUCUCAAUGGCCUUGAUUACGAUCAGAACAACACGUUAAUAAUAUCUGCUAAAAAUCAAGGUAUUUUGUCAAGCAGUAAAAAUUUGACUUACAGUUUUACAACGCCGGGUUGUUUGGACGUUCAUAAAAAUUUAAGUGUCUGUCCACCAGCUGCAGUGACCGGAUUAAAUAUAUCUCGAAUUCGUGAUUAUCAAGAUAAGUGUAAUUUCACUAUUAUUUGGGACGAACCGGAACUUACGCCUGAUAGUUAUACUAUUCAAAUUUUUACUUUCGAUAGGUCUGAAGAACCUCAAUUAAUUUUUCUUCCAGGGGAAGUAACGGAAGCUAACGCUUCAGUGAAUAAAACUGGAAUAAAUUACAUGAUAAGUAUUAUAGCUGAAUCUCAUGGUGGUAUCAGUACACCAGUUUCCAUUUUUGAAACAUUUGAUCGUGUUGAAAAUUAUCCCGUAACAGUAUUCAAUGAAAUAAUAAUAAUCUCUCCAAUAGUCAUUAUCAUCACAAUUCUGAUGGUAGUCAUACUUUUUUACCUAAAACGUCGUAAAAAUGAGAAACUUCGAAGACAAAAUAAUUAUUGCUCUAAUAUCAAAAAAACAUUGAAUCUGAACCCAUUAUAUAAGAAAUAUUUAAAACCAACUUUGAUAAGUGAGAAUAAAAUAGACAAUGAUGUAUUAUUAAAAAAAGAUAAUUUUGAAAUACUUCCAGUACAACUGAGAAUAAAAGAUGAAUUGGGUAGCGGUAUUUCGGGUAUAGUAAGGCUUGGUUUACUUAAAGUUGACCAACAUGAAUCAAUUCAUGUUGCUGUUAAAAUGCUAAAAGACUGUUCGAGUUCCGAAGAAAUAAGAAAUUUUCACCAAGAAAUUGCCAUUAUGAAAUCUGCUGGUAUUCAUAAAAAUAUUGUUUCAUUAAUUGGAUGCUGUACUUCAAAUAUAAGGCCAAUGUUAAUCGUUGAAUAUUGCAGCCGCGGAGAUUUACAAAGCUUCCUCAGAAAUAAAUGGGAAAAAAUGCCGAAUUGUUCGAAUAGACAAAAUAAAGAUAAGCCAUUGAACCACUCCUGCCAGAAUCCAAGUUACUUUCCAUUAUCAUGGAAUAAAAAUUCAGUAUCAAAUCAAUUAUAUGAUGUACAACAAGAAUUACUUGAAGACAGUGAAGAAGUAACAGUAGAAAACUUAUUAAAUUUCGCUCAACAAAUCGCUAACGGAAUGGAAUAUUUAUCUCUCAACCGAAUAGUCCACCGUGAUUUGGCGGCCCGCAAUGUUCUAAUUUGCGAUGAUUACACUGUAAAAAUUUCCGACUUUGGAUUAAGUCGCGACGUUUAUUGCGAGAAUGUUUACAAAAAAGAAGGUAAUGGAAAAUUACCGAUAAAGUGGAUGGCUAUUGAAGCUUUGACUCAUCAAAUUUACACCACGCAAAGUGAUGUAUGGUCAUUUGGAAUACUUUUGUGGGAAAUAGUAACGCUAGGAUGUAAUCCAUAUCCUGAAAUUCCAACACAUAUGAUUUUACAUUAUUUAAAAUUUGGCUAUCGAAUGGCUAAGCCAUCAAAUUGCGGUCAAGAAUUAUAUAACAUCAUGUUAGCAUGUUGGAAUUCUUCACCACGAAGUAGACCAACAUUUACCGAAUUGAAGCACAAUCUCAAGGCUUUACUAUCUUCAACAAAUAAACACGACUACUUAAACACGAAUGACUCAAUGCAAGUGCCAUAUAAAAUAGAAACUUUAGAAUAAUUAAAUAUAUCGCCUUACAAAUGCCAUGAAGACGUAUAAAAAAAAAAUCCUAUUUUUUUCCGUCCAAAAAAAUUUUUAGUAUGAAGAAAAAUUUUUUUUUUGCAUUUCUGCACGUUUCAUACAAAAAUACGUUGAUUCCCAAAAAAAAAAUUUUUUUCAUAAGCCCUUAGUUCCUAGGAACCAUAAAGACGUAUAAUAAAAAUUCUAUUAUUUUUUCCAAGUCCAAAAAAAUUUGUAGUUUG